AUGAAGUAUAACCGCAUGCCCAUUGAGAUCGAAUCGCCUGAAGAAUACGGCUAUGAAAACAUCAAGUACAACUUGUCCGAAAGUUCCAUCACCGACCAGUCUCUUGCAUCUUUGGGCUUACAAGUACCUGAUUUGAAGUUGCUCUACAACGAGCAUCAAGGAGGCACUGCUCUUCGCAAGCUCAUUGUCCAGGGAUCAAAAGGCCUCAGCUACAAGGACGUCCUGGUUACCACUGGUGCAGCGGGAUCUCUAUUCAUUAUCGCCAGCUCUCAACUCAGCGUGAACGAUCAUCUCGUCGUCGUGCGACCGAACUAUGCAACCAACCUUGAGACACCUCGGGCGCUUGGAUGCGAGAUUUCUUUCAUCGAUCUUGCUUUUGAGUCUGACUUCCAACUUGAUCUGAGCGCUGUCAAGGCUGCUCUCAAGCCCAACACCAAAAUUGUCAGCAUUACCACACCUCACAACCCCACUGGUACAAGGAUGUCACUCGAGACAUUGAGCGCCCUGGUGGCGCUCACCAAGGAAAAAGGCAUCCUCUUGCUGGUAGAUGAGACCUACGCUGAUAUCUCUUAUGACGGACGGCUGCCUAUUGCUGCCUCUCUGGGAGACCAUGUCAUCAGUGUGUCCUCUUUAUCCAAAUCAUAUGGCAUUCCCGGCAUUCGACUUGGAUGGCUGAUCAACCGGAACCCUUCUCUCCAAGAGACUUUCUUGGCUGCGAAAGAGCAAAUCAGUAUCAGUGGUAGUGUGGUCGAUGAAUGGAUUGCCGAGCAAGUCUUGUCGCGCAAAGCAGAAAUUCUUUCCGCUACUAUUCGUGAGAUGAAGCAUCGCCGCGAGAUUGUGGCUGCAUGGAUUGAAAAGGACGACCUGUUGGAAUGGGUUCGCCCCGAUGGCGGUAUUGUCUGUUUCCCGCGUAUCAAGAACGGGUUCGAGCCAGUUGGUGGACUGGAAGCAUUUUAUCAUCGUCUUCUCCAUAGGUACGGCACUUAUGUUGGACCUGGGCACUGGUUUGAGCUUCCGGACACAUUCUUCCGCCUGGGCUAUGGAUGGCCCACCAUCGAAGAGCUUGAAGGUGGUUUGCAAGCAAUCUCCCAGGCUCUGCGAGAUACUUCUGCCUGA